GGAAACAUGCCAGAGUGAAAGAGAAAGAACGGGAGCAUGAGCGUAGGAAGAGACAUAGAGAAGAGCAGGAUAAAGCCCGUCGUGAAUGGGAGAGACAGAAACGGAGAGAGAUGGCAAGGGAGCAUUCCAGGAGGGAGAGAGACCGUCUGGAGCAACUGGAGAGAGAAAGAGAGAGGAAAAUCCGGGAGCAGCAGAAGGAACAGCGGGAGCAGAAGGAGCGGGAGAGGCGAGCGGAGGAGAGGCGGAAGGAGCGGGAAGCCAGGAGAGAAGUUUCUGCUCACCAUAGAACAGUGAGGGAAGAAUAUGGAGACAAAGUAAAAAUGAGACCCUGGAGUCGCAGCCCUUUACGCCAGCAGAGAGAGAAGCUUGAGCAAGGAGAGAGCAGGAAACCAGCAGUGAAAGAAGAGAAACCAGAAGAGAGAGAUCCUCUUUCUGACUUGCAAGACAUCAGUGACAGUGAGAGAAAAACCAGCUCAGCAGAGUCUUCAUCAGAAUCUGGAUCAGGCUCAGAAGAGGAGGAAGAAGAGUCCAGCAGUGAAGGUUCUGAGGAGGAAGGAGAGGAAGAGGAGGAGGAGGAGGAGGAGACAGGAAGCAAUUCUGAGGAAGUGUCUGAGCAAUCAGCAGAAGAGGUGAGCGAAGAGGAAAUGAGUGAAGAGGAGGAGCGGGAGAACGGAAACCACAUCCCAGUUGAGUCGAGGUUUGACCGAGAUUCAGCAGGAAGUGAAGUGGAGGAGGAGGAGGUAGGGGAGGGAUCCCCUCAUUCCAAUGCCAUGACAGAAGGGGACUAUAUUCCUGACUCCCCAGCUUCCUCUCCCAUUGAACUGAAACAGGAGCUUCCCAAGUACCUUCCUGCACUUCAGGGAUGUCGCAGCGUGGAGGAAUUCCAGUGUUUGAACAGGAUUGAAGAAGGAACAUAUGGGGUGGUGUACAGAGCAAAGGACAAGAAGACUGAUGAAAUUGUGGCUCUGAAGCGACUGAAGAUGGAAAAGGAGAAGGAAGGCUUUCCCAUUACUUCUCUGAGGGAAAUAAAUACUAUUCUGAAAGCACAGCAUCUAAACAUUGUCACUGUCAGAGAAAUCGUUGUGGGCAGCAAUAUGGAUAAAAUCUAUAUUGUCAUGAAUUAUGUAGAACACGACCUCAAGAGCCUGAUGGAAACAAUGAAACAGCCCUUUCUGCCAGGGGAGGUGAAAACCUUGAUGAUUCAGUUACUGCGAGGGGUCAAACACCUUCACGACAACUGGAUCCUGCACAGAGACCUGAAAACCUCCAACCUGCUGCUCAGUCAUUCAGGCAUUUUAAAAGUUGGAGAUUUUGGGUUAGCCCGGGAAUAUGGGUCUCCCCUGAAGCCCUACACCCCCGUGGUGGUGACUCUGUGGUACAGGGCUCCAGAGCUGCUGCUUGGAGCCAAGGAAUAUUCCACAGCCAUAGACAUGUGGUCAGUGGGGUGUAUCUUCGGGGAGCUGCUGACACAGAAGCCUCUGUUCCCAGGGAAGUCAGAGAUUGACCAGAUUAACAAAGUUUUUAAGGAUCUGGGUACUCCAAGUGAAAAAAUCUGGCCUGGGUACAACGAGCUGCCAGCAGUGAAGAAAAUGACCUUCACAGAGUACCCCUACAACAACCUGCGCAAGAGAUUCGGGGCCCUGCUCUCGGACCAGGGCUUUGACCUCAUGAACAAUUUCCUGACGUACUACCCCGCGCGGCGGAUCACGGCGGAGGACGGGCUGAAGCACGAGUACUUCCGGGAGACCCCCCUGCCCAUCGACCCCUCCAUGUUCCCCACCUGGCCGGCCAAGAGCGAGCAGCAGCGCGUCAAGAGGGGCACGAGCCCCCGGCCCCCCGAGGGAGGGCUGGGCUACAGCCAGCUGGGUGAUGAUGAUCUGAAAGACACAGGAUUUCAUCUGACCACCACCAACCAGGGAGCAUCUGCUGCAGGGCCUGGCUUCAGCCUCAAGUUUUAAACUCUACGUGAAAGAGGGAGGGGGAAAAAAACCCCACAAAGAAGAAGAAGCACCAUUCAUGUGAGUGGAUUUGAGUGCCCCAGUUCUGUUCUUCGUGUCAGGGGGACGAGAUGUGUUUGGUUUUUUUUUUCCCCUGUGAAAAACUCAAACCUUAUCACGGAUUCCAAGGCUCUGUUUUAUAAAUCCACGUGGAGUAUAACUGCUGCAUUCCAUUAGAGGACUGGAGUUACCUGAAAACCCCAGGAUCAUCACAAACUGUGACAAAGAACAACUUGAACUACAGUCCUGGAACAGUUUCUGGUUUCUUUUUAGGUUUUUUUUGUUUUGUUUGUUUGUUUUGUUGGGUUUGGUUUGUUUUUGUUUUUUUUUCUCCUUGUAAAUUUGUAGAAUUAAAAUACAUUUUCAAUUGUUUAACAGUGUGAAGGAUUUCAUUGCUUCACCUGCAGCAAAGUUGGAUGUUGGUGACAGUAAAUAGAGUUUAUUUUUUAUUUUAAGGGAAUUGUUCAUGUCUGAAUAUAUUUGGGGCAGAAAAAAAGUGCCAGUUAUGAGGUUUCUUUCAUGUUACCUUUGAGAGAAGAAGCCUGGGGUGCACUGCUGAGCUGAAAACUGUUUGCUUUGUUCUGUCCAUGUAUUUCCAGUGGUGCAAAAGAAGUUCCUCUACUGUUUUAUAAAUCAAAAAAGAUGCAAUAUGGA